AUGGAUCAACCAACUCAUACUAUCGACCCCGAAGGAGAUGUCAUCAUAGUCCUAAGCAAUGCCAACUCUCCCUUCGCACCAGAUGAUCAUGAAGACACAACUGCGAAAAAGAACUCUGACAGCGACUCAAAAACCUCUGAUGAGGAGGACCAACACCGCGAAAAGCGACCCCGACUUGUCGAAGAACAGCCUUCCGAGACGCCAACCGAAGAUGGACACCUCAGCGAGACACCAGAUGAGAAAUGUUUCCGCAUUCAAGUUUCCGCGAAGCACUUGAUACUUGCGUCCCCAGUUUUCAGAAACAUGCUCACUGGUAAUUGGAAGGAAAGUGUCAGUUAUCUUCAAAAAGGCUCCGUUGAGAUUACUGCCGAGAGCUGGGAUAUUGAAGCCUUCUUAAUAUUCCUUCGCGCGAUUCACAGCCAACAGAGCCAAAUACCUCGAAAACUCUCUCUUGAGAUGCUCGCCAAAAUUGCUGUUUUGAUCAACUACUAUGACUGCAAGGAUGCCGUGUCUAUUUUGACGGAACUGUGGAUCAAUGGUCUGGAAGACAAGAUCCCCGCAACAUAUUCCCGCGAUCUAAUGCUAUGGUUGUGGGUCUCUGCGUUCUUCAAGCUCUCUUCACAAUUUCAAACAUCGACAUCAAACGUUAUCACACACUGUGAUCAUUUGAUUACUAACCGUGGGCUUCCAAUCCCUGAGAACAUCAUCAACGUAAUGAAUGAACGUAGGAGUGGAGCCAUUAAUGAGAUAUUACUCCGUCUGAAUAAGAUGCGUGAAGAUCUUCUCAGCGGAAGUCGGGGUUGCGACUUUGAGUGCAGAUCGAUGACGCUCGGAGCUCUAAUGAAGCAUAUGCAUUCUAAUGAUCUACUUCCACUAGAACCCGAGACUCCUUUCCCAGGACUAAGUUACGCUGGGAUCUUUGGGAAGAUACAGUCUUUCAAAUCACCAGACUGGUAUUCUGCCACCCGCUCGCUUUAUUAUCAUAACGAAUUCAUGGCCGACUCCUCCCCUCAUAGAUGUCAGUCUUCUUCCUUCGAGACUGUUAUCCAAGGUAUGACAAAUGCUAUCAAUGGCCUUAGUUCAUCCAUUAUGGGCCUAUGAUUGAUCCAGAAUAUGUGAG